CUUGCGCGCGCUUCUACCACGCCUAACUCCCCAGCGAGCGACUUACUAACCAACAAACAGCAGAGCCUCAGCAGCCAGCAGCAGCAGCAGACGACGACGCGUCUGAGUCGCGACAGCAGAGUUCUGAGAGUGCUGUGCAAAUACAAAAUAUAACAAAGAAUAUUAACAAAAGACAAAACCCCACGUAUUAUUUAAAGAGUGUAACGCAACACAAAAAAAAGGAAAAGAAAAUAAAACAAUUGUGUGGAGAAACCUGGUCCGGUGAUUGAUUGGUGGUGUCUCUGGUUGGUGGGCGUUACGAGCCGAGUUCUGAAUCAGACUCAAGAAUCAAACCCCCCAGCACACAAGAACAAACAGUGAAUAUUCGGAUACAAGUGCUACGACGGACAUUGCGCAUACGCCGCAUUGCACAUUGCAAUCAGGACAGAGGAAACGCCAGCAGCAGACACACACAAAGAUGAUUUCACGCCGCAAGAUCAUAUCGCGUUCCCUGGACAAUUUGGACGCCAUCGGGCAAGAUGAGCCGGAGGAAGACGUCUGGCACGAUCGCGAGAAGCUGUUCAGGGAUCACAUCAACGAGGUUCUGGCCAAGUGGGAGCAGAUCGACGAUGAGAUCUGGGCCAAGAUAAUCGUCUUCGAGAAGAACCGACGCGUGGCCAAGGCCUAUGCCCGCUCCUCUGUGAUAACCAUUAACGGAUCCAAGAACGGUUUCGACGGAGUGCGCAUCGGUUUGAAUGGCUUCGAGAAUCCCAUGCGCGACUCCGAGACGAAGGUCAUCAAGAAGUCCAUUGGCGAUGGCUUUAAGGUCAAAAUGGACGAAAUAGGCAACAUAUUCAUCAAGCGGUAUGGCAAGAGCAACAUCUUCGUGAAUAACACAUCGUCGGGCAACGAGGAGACUGUCAUUGGCGGCGACAUCAUGCAAAUGCCGCAGAUGUCCCUCAGCGGCGGCACCUCGGCCAAGCUGUUCGACAUGAAGAAGUUUCAGACGAACAUUAACCGCGAAUUCGCUCGCACAUAUCCGGAGAGGGGUCGCCUGGAGCGGCAGUGCCUGUCGGCCGUGUCGCUGGUCAAGUCAAACAACAAUCUAAUCAACACUCCAGUCUGGAUACUCGUGGUCAACGUGGUGGCCAUGGAUAUGCUGAGGAGUCGCCUUCAGACGAUGCCCAAGUCGCUGGACGCGCUGGGCAUGCGGGUGCCACUGACGCAGAGCAGCGAGGAUCCCUACUCGACGAUCGAGAGUCAGGUGGGCCUCAUCUACCCGACGCCCGCCGCAUCCGAUGACUCGCAGAACUCCCAGCACUCGAGCCACUCCAGUAAGGGACGCCGCAGCGUGUUCAGUGCCGCCUUCCUCAACGAGGGUCCCUACGUGCCCAAGCCGGACUACGAAGCUGGCGGAUCCCUGACACCCAUCUAUGCGGACAAGAAGCGUCAGAAGAGCAGCUCGCAUCAGCGUAAGAAGCAGGACGAUCCCUACUACUGCGGGCUUCUGGCACGCAUUCCCAACUUCAUCAAGUCGUCAAAGCAGCCGUGCAGCGGGGCCAGCAAGCCCAAGAAAGAGACGAAGAUCUCACGCAAGAUCUCGGCCCAGCACCUGCAGCAGCAGCAUCAGCAGUUCCUGCAGCCACCGCAGCCCAUUCCCAUAGCCACCUUCCACCACUCGUACUUCCCCUACAAGCUCUAUCCGCCACAACAUCGUCUCUCGCAGUCGCAGAUGUCGCUCUGGGAUGCCCGCAGUCUGAUCAGCGCACAUGAAUGACCAACACGGAUGGCCCUAAUUUAUUCAACGUGUAGCAUUAGUUUUACAAUUAUUUAGUCAAAGCUAUCGAUAUUGGAUCAGUGGAUCGGGGGAUUGGUGGAGUGCAUUUCGGUCAGUUUUGUGAUAAAUGAUGCGAAAUGCAGCCAUUUUACUACAGAUUAACAGCAGAUUACUUUUAGGGAACCAGAGAGAUUUAAUGAUUAUGCAAUUUGUAAUAACUAAUUAAAAUUUUGCCAUAGUUUUUUAAAUCGUUUAAGACUGAGAGAAUGUCCUAGAGCCCAAUUAGGCGCGAGAGAAGGAAUAGCAAGAUGGGGAAUGAUUCCGUCAUAAGCAAGUGUAUUGCUACUUUAGGCAAGUCCAAUUUAUUGUUUCUUUUUAUUAUUUUGCUGUAUAUACAUUU